ACGAGCUUAAGCAAAGAGGAGUCAAAAGUCCGGUGGCAAUAGAUUUAUAAGAGUUCAACUGGGAGUAGGCCACUCAGUUGGAAGUCUGAGAAGGGGAGCCGAAAACUCUUCUUUCCGAGACUGAAGCGAUAGUGAGUUGCUAUCGAGUCUUUUACCCCAUUCCUAUCGGAAGACUAGGAUGGGAGAGACGGAGCCGGGGAGAAGGAUUUCCCCGGUGAAAAACUUCGUUGCAGGUGGAGUCGCCGGAGCGUGCCUUUUAUUUGCUGGACACCCACUUGAUACGAUCAAGGUUCGCCUUCAAACACAACCCAAAGUCUCCCCUACCCAAUAUGUGCUCUACACAGGAACAUAUGACUGUUUUAGAAAGACAGUGUCCAAAGAGGGAAUUUUGGGUCUUUACAGAGGCAUGGGGGCCCCUCUGGCUGGCGUUGCCCCGAUGAUGGCCAUUAGCUUCUUUGGCUUCGGACUGGGGAAGCAGCUGCUUCAGUCUGACCCCAACAUCCCUCACACGUAUGCUCAGAUCUUUAUGUCUGGUAUGUUGGGAGGAGUCUUCACCACCGUGAUCGUAGCACCUGGAGAAAGAAUAAAAUGUUUGCUUCAGGUUCAGUCCACUUCUGGUCAGUUAAAGUAUGCUGGACCUGUGGACUGUGCAAUCAGGCUUUACAAGGAGCAGGGGAUUCGCAGUGUUUACAAAGGAACAGUACUAACUCUUAUCAGAGAUGUGCCUUCCAAUGGUCUAUAUUUCUUGACCUAUGAGUAUGUGAAACGCCUACUAACGCCAGAAGGUGAAAGUGUUCACCACCUCAGUACUCCCAAAAUUAUUCUGGCUGGUGGAACAGCAGGCAUCUUGAACUGGGUGAUUGCCCUCCCUCCAGAUGUGCUGAAGUCCAACUUCCAGACAGCUGCGGAUGGACGCUACAGGGGACUAAUGGAUGUUCUCAAGGAAUUAAUACGAGAGGAAGGAGCCCGUGCGCUCUACAAGGGCUUCACUGCUGUCAUGCUGAGAGCUUUCCCUGCCAAUGCGGCUUGUUUCCUGGGGUUUGAAGUGGCCCUGAAGGGCCUGAACUGGUUGGCUCCUGGCUGGUGAUCUAUGUGAUUCUGAGGAGACCUCCUUCAAGUGUGCCUUGCCUCAGCACACAAUGGAUACGCCUUUAGUUCUUACACCUGACAGUAUUGGUCAGUAAUGUUGUAUUUAAAAGUGCAAGCUGUAUGUAGUUUUUUGUAUAAAAAAGUACAAUUAUUUUAAGACUACAAUGAUGGUAUUCUACAGGCAAACUAUUGUGGAGUUUAUAAAAAAAAAAAUAUAUUAUGCUGUGGAACAUCUGUGGAACCAGUUGUUUACAUGUAUGUUUUUUUCUGGGCCAAAAAUGCAGACAAUUGUGUACAAACUUUAUUGAAACAAAGAUACAGGUUUUGUGGAAUGUAACAGGGAAAACUAAAAAUGCAAUCAUAGGUAGAAAAGUUUUUUUAAUUUUUUUUUAUCAGAAACUACAUGCUGCACUUUUAUCGUAAAUUACAUUUGUAAUUGUACAGUUUGAAUAACAUAUAAGAUGUGCAUAUCUCAUGAUGUAAUGUAUUAGGCAUAUUUAUAUAACUACACACAUUCUCAGAAAUACCAGUUUUACACCAAUCAACCAAAAAUAUAUGCAUAGUGGCUGUCUAAAAUCCACAUGUUAAAACGUUUGUGCCCAAAUUAUGUAAACUGAAUGUUUAUUUUGUAUCAUUCAAUCAACUGUGGAAUAUCUGAUGAAAAGCCAAAUGUGGAAAUAUUUGAAUAUGUCAUUUUUAUUCAUUAAACAUUUUCUUCGUAGAAUUUCGUUAUUUUUUUUAAAUAAACAUUUUAUUAAUCA